GAUGUAACAAACGGCCGAGUAAAGUCCACCAAACGACCUGGGUUCCUUUCCAAGAAAUUCCUCCCCGACGCAUGUGCGGAACACCUUAGCGAGCCUCUUCCGGCCGCGCGAGCGUUUAAGCUGGAUUUUCCAGGUGAAUUAUUUACGUGCCUAUACAGACGUAAUAGUGCUUUUAAUGCAAGGCAUAAAACUGGGUUUCCUCCGUUCCACUCCCAUGCAGCUUGGUCACCUGAAGAGUUACUAUGCCCAAUUAACCCUUUGAGAACCGUACGCUUCCCGGGUAUUGCCACUUCCGACGUUGCAAUAGUUUUCGCCGUUUCGUCGAGGCAUCUUCGGUUCAAUGUUUGCAAUGUUCUCAUUGCGCAAGAGUCGAAUGCCAACAGGGCUAUUGUCGAGAGGACCUCGUUGCCUGGAAAAAUUGGACAAAUAGAUUUUGUUAUC